AUGUCAUCCCGCAGCAGCCGCAGUGCUGCCACUUCUGCCGCCAGCCGUCGCAGUCGCAGUACGCGGACGGCCACCCAACAACGAACGGGACAAUCCUUGGCAGCACGGGGGAGUAGUAGUCGCAAUAAUAAUAAGAACAAACGUACUCCCAUUGCUACCGACACCGUAACACGAAAAUGGACCCAAGUCCAACGACCUCCGGCCAUGGGAGUCGGAUUUACCAUUCCGACAUGGGUUCCCAUCGAAUCAUUGACGCCAGCAGAAGCACUCGACUACAAUCGAAAACAAGAAGAAAAAGUGGCACGGCAACAAAAGGAAAAGGAAUUAUUACUGGCCGCCAUGGCAGCCGCAGCAGCCCAACAAGCAGUCGAGGCUGUCAAGAAACAAGAGACUGAAGAGCAAGAAAAGACAAAAGCAGAAGAAAGCAAUUUACAAAAGGAUGGGGAUGUUGUUAUGAUGGAACAACAAGAUGGGGAUGGGAACAAGCAAGAAACCAAGGAUAGUUUGGAAAAUACAGACAAGGAUGCAUUGACAGAAUCGAAGGAAGGGGAAAACGACAUUGCAAACGACACAGAUACACAAGAUACUGAAGAAAAAGAAUCGCAGGAACCUCCCACCAAACGAGCUAGAUUUGAGGAGCCACCCAAAAGCACAGAAAUAGAAGCCAACAAUAGUGCAGAAAGCGAAGUCAACAUUACAGAAACUGCCAACAACACAGAAACUUCCAACGUGGACAAUGAUGCAUCGAUGGAAUCAAAGGAGGAGGAAAAUGACACCGCAAAAGACACAGAAACAGAAGAUGCUCAGGAAGAAGAAUCGGAGGAACCACCCACCAAACGUGCUAGAUUUGAGGAACCUACCACAACAACCACCGACACAGAAGCAAACAAUAAUAAUACAGAAACAGAAAUCAUGGAGGUAGAAGAGUCUACGAAUACUGGUAGCCAAGGAGAUGAUCCAAAACCAGCAGCCAAAGAAGAACAGGAUCUCACCGCAAAAGAACCUAGUAGUGGUGCUCCGGACAACAACAACAACAACAACAACGAAAACGACAACAAUGAGAAAGGCGAAAUGGAGGUAGAAGGGUCUACGAUUACUGUUCAAGGAGAUGAAUCAAAAGCAGCAGCAAAAGAAGAGGAUCUAGCAAAAGAUGAAGAGGAUUCCAGCGCAAAAGAGCAAUUUAGCAGUGCGCAGGACAACAACAACAACGACAAUAGUAAAGAAGACAACAAUGAACAAGAGGAGAAAGACGCACAAGAAGAGCCUGAGGACACUGAUCAAUUUGAUGACGCUGAAGCGGCGGAGCAGGACGUGGUGACCGAAGAAAAUCAACAACAACAAGAGGAACAAGAAAAGUCAACAACGACAGCAGACGACAAGCCCAGUGAAACUGGGGUUGCUCAGGACGAUGAUGACAACGACAAAGAAGGAGAAGGCGAACAAACAACCUCAGCAUUAGAAGUAGAGGAUCCCAUUGAAGAUGGGGCGCAGGACAAGGGCGCAGACAAAGAAGUUUCGGACAAACAACCAGAAGCAAGUGAAAUCGAAGAGGCCAGUGAAGAACAAGCUAGUGUUGGUCAAGGCAAUGAGGAAGACAAUGACAACGAAAAUCCUGACGAACAACCAGAAGAAAACGAAGCAGAGGAGGUCAGCGAAGAACAACCCAGCGGCGGCCAAGGCAAUGACGAUGACAAUGACAACAAGGAAGAUCCUGGGGAACAAGCAGAAGAAAUGGAGGCAGAGAAGGCCAGUGAAGAUCAACCUCCUAGUGUUGGCCAAGGCAAUGACGGCGACAAUGACAACAAGGAAGAAAUUCCGGAGGAACAACCAGAAGAGAAGGAAGCAGAGGAGGCCAGUGAAGAACAACCUAGUGGCGGUCAAGGCAAUGACGACGACAAUGACAACAAGGAAGAUCCUGGGGAACAAGCAGUGGGCGAAGACGAAGACGUAGAAGAAACUACAAUAUAGUUUUCUUGUUUACCAGAUACCAGAUUCAGUGCUUUUCAUCUCCAACAGUUUUUUCAAUUUUCACCUCGUGCGCGUGUUACUUCAUUAGCCUCGAAAAUUCAUCUUUGAGGUAUCCGAAUCUACUCCCUUAUUCUAUGUACUUGGCGUUGGAGGCAAACUGGCAACACACUUGAAAAACAAUAGUUGAAGGACAUUCACUACGAUCUACCUCCAGGUGAAAGUAUUGCUGAUUGUCUCAUGGAUUGAUUUCUUGUUUGAGCGUCUGGGACCAACAGAACUGAUUGAAGCGAUCAUCGCUGGCGAACAAUCGUAGCAAUU